AUAUUCUCUAAUCUUAGCUAUCUUUAUGUAUUUUCCCAAAUCCUAGCUAGUUCUACUAAGGGAUUUUCCCAAAUCUUAUGUGAUUUACUGUUUCACUGGAGGGGGAAUAGUUAAUGCAAGAAACCAUAUGACAGAAUUUUGUAGGACCACCCUUACUGAGGUAAUAGCUGUAAUUCUUUUGAGUUUGUGUGUUUCUUGAUGUCCAGUAGCUCAUGCAGCCCAACAAUGGAGAACUAUUCGAGUGCUGAGCAGCCUGUAGAAGACACCGACGAAAGAUUUGACAUCACACUGCAGGUCACAUUGUCUCAGAUUAAAUACUGUGACUACACACAUUUGAAGAUCUGUGAAAUGAACUAUGACCUGGCUCUCACAAUUUGGUUAGCUAAUCUCAGCUAGUUAUCUUUAGGGACGUUUCCAAAUCGUAGCAAGCUCUCAUCAUGGACUUUUACAGAUCUAGUUGCCACUAAAUGAAGGUUCACGCAUUAAUACAUGCCUAAUCAUCUACAUAUACACACAGAUAUGGCGUGUAAAGCUAACAGUGUAUCUCUUGGACGUGGAGCGGUUGAAUUUGUGUUUACUGAGGUGUGUGUAAGGGGUGACAGAUGGCUCAGUGAACACUCGCUGAGACGGUGCUUCAGUCAGAGGUUACGUUUUUUUAAGCCACACUUAAAAAUAUUCAAACCUCAAGACAAGUAUAGUCCUCUCAUGCCUCUUCGCUAUCGUGUGUUGAUUGUACCAAAAAGGAAGGAAACCAGAGAGACAUGUGGAGAUCAUACCCUGAAUUGUAAAAAGGCAAAGGUACCCAAUAUUGCCAUUCUGCUGCCCCUGUAUGGGUUUCCUUUCAUGUGUGUGUAUGUUAGAACUCUAAAAUCACCAAACUAAACCUAGCAUCUACACACUGCACAACACGUGAUCUAAUAUGGAACCAUUCAUGAAUUAACACCAUGCUAGAGAAUUGUAGACUAAAUCCCAAAUAUGUAAUCAAACAGAUGAACAAAUGAAUACAGAACUUGACAUAUAUAUAGCCUGGACGAAUGGCUGAAUGAAAAAAGGGAAGUCAGUUCAACAUGAACAAUGAUACAAAACAAUCCAGGGACACACUGGCCUCUUAUUUCCACCUCCAUGAUCACGUUAUCUCCGCUGACUGUCUGCUGCUGAUUGACAGCUGAAUGGCGGCGUGGCUGGAGUGCAGCCGCAUCUGGUUUCUGUGUGAUGUGAUAUCCUCUUGCGUCUCGGCACGAGCGACUGGUGAGGUCUCUUUCUGACAAUCAAAAACACUGGGCUGCAACCCAAACCUGCUCUAUGCUUGUCUUCUCGGAGAAGUGCACUAUGUAGGCUCAGGAAACAGUAACAGUAGCUGUAAGAUUAUUUGAAUCACAAGUGUCUAAACUGUAUAUAUGUAUAUGCACUUUAUUUAUAGUAGAAAGGUGUUUAUCUUUUUCAAUCCAAAUAUUCAUUCAUGUCUAAACGCAAUCUUUUGCACUAUAUGAUCAAAUGAGAGCUAAAUGAGAUUCUAUUCCUUUAUUUACAUAUGUACCCCACUAUAUUAGGAAUGUUCUUAAUCCAUUUGCAGUUUUGGCCCAUGCCAGUAAUUGAUAUGUAGUAGGCUACUUAAUACAGAACAAACAUUUGGGACACAGCCGUCGCAUCACAACAGAGUAAAAAGAAACCACCUGGUGCAGUGUUUCAUGAUCUGACGGGCAGUAUGCUGGCUGGCAUACAUCGUUGGUUUGAUCCAUUUCUUCCCUACAUAUGCUUCCAUCAGCUGGAUCAUGAGCUACACAGUUGUGGCUGUGUUCUUUUUGACAAUGUUGUUGGAGGUAGCUCAUGCUGCCCAAGGCCACUUUGCACAACAACUACUAAAUGACCUUAUGGAGAACUAUUCGAGUGCUCUGCGGCCCGUGGAAGACACAGACAAAACACUCAACGUCACACUGCAGGUCACAUUGUCUCAGAUUAAAGACAUGGACGAGCGUAACCAAGUCCUUAUAGCGUACCUGUGGAUAAGGCAGACAUGGUAUGAUGCCUAUUUGAAGUGGGAUAAAGAAGAGUAUGAUGGCCUCGAGGUCAUUCGCAUCCCCAGCAGCCUGGUGUGGAGACCAGACGUAGUGCUUUAUAACAAAGCCGAUGAAGAUUUGCCUGGUCCAGUGGACACUAAUGUUGUGCUGCGAUACACCGGUGAGAUCACGUGGGAUGCUCCGGCUAUUACCAAAAGCUCGUGUGUGGUGGACGUGUCCUACUUCCCUUUCGACAGCCAGCAAUGUAAUCUCACUUUUGGCUCUUGGACCUAUAACGGCAAUCAGGUGGACAUCACCAUGGCAAUGGCCAGCGGUGACCUCUCCGACCUGGUAGAGAACGUGGAGUGGGAGUGUGACGGCAUGCCUGCCACCAAGAAUGUGAUCAUGUAUGGGUGCUGCUCGGAUCCCUACCCGGACAUCACGUACACGCUGCUGUCGCGACGCUCCUCGUUCUACGUCUUCAACUUGCUGUUGCCCUGCUUUCUCAUCUCCUUCCUGGCGCCUCUUGGCUUCUUCCUGCCUGCAGAUUCUGGUGAGAAGGUCUCCCUGGGUGUCACCGUGCUGUUGGCGCUCACGGUCUUCCAGCUGGUGGUGGCCGAGAGCAUGCCACCCUCCGAGAGCGUUCCACUCAUAGGGAAAUAUUACAUAGCGACGAUGACAAUGAUUACGGCCUCCACCUCGCUCACCAUCUUUAUUAUGAACAUCCAUUUCUGUGGUGCCGAAGCCAAACCAGUUCCUCGCUGGGCCAAAGUGCUCAUCAUCGGCUACAUGAGCAAGAUCUUCUUCGUCUACGAAGUUGGCGAGAGCUGCACCUUACCACUGGCGAGGAAGAAGCAUACAGACAAACGCCAUACAAAGAACCCUCAAAAGAAACCAACUCAGCAUAACCCAAAACCGUCCAGAAACCCAUCUGGUCUCCAUUGCUGUCCUGAUGAUGAAAAGCUGCCUUCAGCAAAUCUUACCAUUGACCCUUGCAUGUUUUGUGGGCCACAUAGCGGCGGUUUCGGAGGAGACCCAAAGCUCAUCAAGAACGUUGAGUACAUUGCGAACUGCUUCCGUGAUCAGAAGUUGACCUCCCUAAAAGUAGCUGAAUGGAAGAAGGUGGCCAAGGUGUUGGACAGGUUCUUCAUGUGGAUCUUCUUUGCCAUGGUCUUCCUUAUGAGUAUUCUCAUCAUCGGCAAGUCGUCAUGACCAUGUGAUUGUGCUUGUUUGAGCGUAUCUUAACAUGCGCCCACUAACUCGAGUGGAAACGCUGUGUCAGAUAUCAGAUGCAAUAUGUGUUCUGUUCUUCUUUUGUUCCUGUGGCAACUAUUUGCCUUGAAAUCAAAAUUCUGCGAGGGACCAGUGUGCUGUGUGAGACAAUUUCACUGAGAGCUCUGGAAAAGAAUGAUGGCACGUUCCAGAACAUUCACUUCUGAUCAUUAGUGAUGCGUAAUGAUUGGGAAUGAUGUCGGGGUUGAAAACACUGGAUUCUGAUGACAGACUCUUGACUCUGGAACUCUAAAGCGAACAAGGCUGUCUGAAAAACAGAAUGUUUAUGAAUGAUGAUUGGCUUAGAGUCUCAGAAUAGAAGGCACAGGAACAUACAGAACACCACAAUAUACAUGAUGGAUCGAAGUUCUAGAAUAGCCCUUGUGUAAAUUUCUGAAGGAGCCAGAAUUGAAUCCACUCGAUUGGCUAACAGGUUAAAAUCUCAAAAAUGGACAUGAUUGGCUGAAAGCUCCAGAGUAUAAUACAUUGUAAUUGUUAAGUGUUCUGGGGGGGAAAAAAACAUUAUUUUAGUAUGAGUUCCAAAGCUCCAGAAUGAUUGCCUGAGAUUUCCAGCACAUCUGUGUGAUUGGCUGAGAAGUUACGGAAUUAAAUGGCAAUGUGAUUCGUGAGAAUUCUGGAUCAUUAAUAUAACCAGGUUUAGCUGAGAACUCUAUUAUAGAAUGUGAUUGCUCAAUUUAGAAUCCCAGAUCCAGGGUAUUGGCCAAUGAUUAACUAUGAUUUUAGUAGAAUGCAUAUGAUUGGUUGAGAGUCCCAGAAUAGCACAAAAAAAAGCACAACCCACAACAUUAGCUCGAAUCCUAGAUUGCAAAUUAAUGGAGUUUAGAAUAGAAUUACAAGAUAGUUCUUGAUUGGCUGAGAGUGCCACAACAGAAUCUGUCUAAACUUUAAGAUGGCCAUCUUGUUAAUUGUUUUCCUAUAGCAGCAUUUGUAGUGAACUUUCACCUCCACUAGGGGGCAGAAUCGUGUAAUAUUCACUAACACUAUGCCUCCAUGACAUCUACAAUGGAGCAUCUUGUUGAGUAUGUAUGAUUUAAGACUCACCCAACAAGAGCUGUUUUAUUAGAAAGGUUCUACUUGGUAAAUAAUUCCAUGUAUUACUUAAUUUGAACUCAAACAAAUAAAAGUGAAAUCUUUUUCCAGUCAACCCAAUGUGGAAAGCAAAGACCAAGGAUUAGGUAAUGCAAUCACAGAAGUUUCGCAGCAGAACGGCUGAUUGAACCUAAACUGUCUCCCGUCCCGAGUGUUUCAAAGUGUUGAAUCAGCAGCUUCAAAAUGAAAAGCAGUUUCUGACUGAACGCCCCUCACAAACACGGAGCUCUGCUCCAUGUAAAUGCUUACGGCUGCAAUUACCCAAGCCCUUUGCUCAAUCAGACCAGAUUUACUUCCAAUUGCCCAAUGAAUCCCAUCAUUAUACGAUGGCAGGGCCACAUCUGGAGCACGGUGAUAGGAGGUGCACCUCGACUGACCAUCUUUAUGAGAGGGAAAGAUAGAGGGAAGGCAUAGUUUAUGAUGGGGCUGCAUCUUUUCCCUUGCUAUUAGACCAUGGCUGUAUGAAGAACAGCUGUUUCCUACUAGAGGAGUUUGAGAUUUAUUAUUACCGUUCGAAAAAGCAAUGGAUUUCUGAGCAGCAGGUCCUUAAUAUUCUUACAGUAGUGAUCAGAUGGCUGUGAGUUUUAACGCGAGCACAGACACACACGGCUCAUGCUAGCUGUUUCAUAUCUCUGAACGUCUUGGGUCAGGGGAUUAUAUGUGCAACUACGUGUAAUUGUUGAUAUACCAUAACACAUUUUUAAUAAAAUAUUCACAUAUUCGAAAUCGAAUGCAAAUUUGCAAAUGCAUAUUUAAAUCAUGCUCACAUGGGAUCCAAAUGGACAGUUUUGUUCUUAAAAAUAUGUUAAUUGGGUUGAACUUUCAAGUAGUUUAUUCGAAACAAAAUGGUUGUGUAAUGUUCUGUGUGUAAUAAAUAAAAAAGGCAAAAUACAGUAUUUAUUCACACAGAAAUUAAUAACGUGCAUUUCUCACUGUUUCAUGCAGAGCGUUCACUUUUGUUCGAUUUCGGGUUCUCUAAAAACAAACUCACAUAAUACUCCACAUAAACCUUUUAAUCACUUACUCAAUUAAUACAA